GUCCCUCAACCACAGCCAUCUUUAUUCCUCAUCAGUUAAGCUUGAAUCAGUCUACAAUGGCGGAAGGGGAUGCCGUGCACGUGGUUGCCUCUAUCACUCUCCGCCCCUCAUAUCUCAAAAAACUUGUCUUUCCAAAAGCUGCAAUGCAGACACGUCGUCAUCUUUUGCCUGCGACCUUAUGGGGGCAAACUGGACAAGCUCAUGCGAUAUUGAAAGGUGGAAAUCGCGAGCCCCUCGCUGUCACGUUCUCGCUCGGACGAAAUCAUGAUCGCCUCGUUCUCCUGGAAAGUGGCUGGAAAAACGUUGUUAAGAAGCUUGGUUUGAAGGAAGGCGACAAGGUGAUCAUUUCUUUGGAUGAUAGAGCAAGUUCCACUUAUUCGAUAUUCUCGCCCAGCCUGCAAAGUGGAUAUACGUCUGUCAUCGUGAGAUUUGACCUCAAUAAACCACCGGAGGAAUCAGGUGAAGAGGAGAUAGAUUAAAUGUUGUACGUAGAGCGCGCGCUCCAAUAAUUAACAACAGAGAUUCUCGGUUUGAUUUAUAUAAUUGAAGUUAUUUGUCUAGUGCCCUUACUAUUCAGGUCACAUAUAUAUAUAAUAUUUUAUUUGGUCGUUAGCAUGUUUCAUCUUUCUUUGCUCAGCUUUUCUGUAUAAAUUAGGCCACUAAAA